CACCAAAAUGUGUUGUUGUUCAGUCACGUUGCCGCGAUGAUCUCAAACACCCUUGUGUUGGUCAAAAAACCAAAUCGUGUACGUAAUAACAUGUAUCACUUUUUUAAUUCAACACGUGUUCCUCUGCAAUUAAAUUUUUCUAUAUGUGGUGUUAGAAAAUUGGUCCUCAACAAGCUUAUCAAUUUUCAGUUAAAUUUUUUUCAAAAAGCUCCGAUGGAUUAUCAUUUACUGUUAUGUUGUUCUUUGGCGUUUUCUGUUUAUGUCAAUACUCUCGGCGCUGGAUUUGCAUAUGACGACAAUCAAGCAAUCAUUGCUAAUGAUGAUAUACGAGCAUCAACAUCAGGGUUUAACUUGUGGCGGAAUGAUUUUUGGGGUACACCGAUGGGCACGAAAAAUUCACACGGGUCUUACAGACCAAUUACAGUUUUAACAUACAGGUUCAACUAUAGGUUCUCGGGUUUGAGACCAAUGUCAUAUCAUACGACUAACGUGGCCCUACAUAGCUUUGCUACGGGUUUAUUAUUGGUAACAGCUCGACUGAUGAUGUCUAAAAAGUCUGCCUUGCUGUCGACAUUACUUUUCGCAGUGCAUCCUAUACACUCUGAUGCGGUAGCCUCAGUAGUCGGUCGAGCAGACAUAUUAUCAUGUGUGUUCUUCUUGAUGUCAUUUUUGUGUUACAAAGAGUUUGUACAAUCUCGAAAAAAUAAUCGAAGUAAUACGUGUGCUCAGAAAACGAAAAUUAGAUGGCCGCCAGAUAGAAGAUACUUAACAUUAACAGUAGUGUUUGCAUUGCUGUCAAUGUUAGCUAAAGAAAACGGUAUCUCAGUGAUGGCUGUGUGCAUUGGUUAUGAACUAAUGUUAAGACUAAGAUCCAUUAAAAAGCAAAAGAUCGAACGAGACAAAUCAACACUGAAAAUCUUAGUUACGUGUACCGCCCUGAUGGUCGUUGGAAGAAUGUGUAUCAUGUCCGGCACAGUGCCUACAUUUGCAACAUCCGAUAACCCAACGGCUAAGCAUCCCAAUCUUUUGGCGCGGACGUUGACUUUUCUGUACCUUCCACUGGUCAACACUCUUCUUCUGCUCUUUCCGCGGGUGCUGAGUUACGAUUGGUCCAUGGACGCUGUUCCUCGAAUCGAAACUCUUUCGGACCCAAGAAACGUAGCCACACUGCUAUUCUACGUCGCUUUGGUGUCUAUCGGAUGGGUGGCGUUCAAACGGAAACCCGUUGCUGUGGCUUUGGCUAUUGCCGUCGCUUCUUAUUUGCCAGCGUCCAACUUAUUCUUCUACGUGGGUUUUGUUGUGGCCGAAAGAGUACUUUACAUACCCAGUGUCGGUUACUGUUUACUCGUCGGUUAUUCGGCCACCGUUUUGUCCAACAAGCUGAGAAGCAAAGGUUGUAAAGUGACGAACGCAAUCGUCUACGCUCUUUAUGCUUCAAUGGUACUCGGGUUUAGUGUUCGCACAAUACUCAGGAACCGAGUCUGGCACAGCGAUGAGACUCUAUACAGAUCAGGAAUUCAAGUGAAUCCGCCCAAAUCUUACGGCAAUCUCGGUUCAAUACUCAGCUCCCAGGGCAGAACGAACGAGGCAGAAAUCGCAUAUCGAUCAGCACUCAAACACCGUCCGAACAUGGCAGACGUCCAUUAUAAUUUGGGAAAUUUAUUGAGAAAUAAUCAAAAGUACGAAGAAGCAAUAAUUAGUUACCAAUCGGCGAUUAAUUUUAGACCUACUCUAGCACUUGCUUAUCUUAGCUUGGGAGAUUGUUUGGCCCUUACUGGCAAAACAACCGAAGCUGAAAAUAUUCUUAACAAAUGCUUGUUGCUUGAUGGUUCUUCGGUAAAAGAUAUAAAGACACACUUGAAGGCACAAAAGUCUUGUGUUUUGAGGUUAGGAAGACUGUUUGCGUCGUUGGGUAGACAUCGAGACGCGGUUGCCUUGUUCGAAUCGGCUAUGAAGACUGACAAAACUUCCUCGCAGAUGAUGAUUAUGGCAUUAGCGGAUUCAUUAGUAGCUCUUAAUAGAGACUCUGAUGCUGAAAAGUAUUACAGACAAUUACUCCGAGUGAACCCUUCAGACAUUUCAACUUUUCUGACCUACGGAAAUCUAUUGGCAAAAAACGUAAGUACUACAGCAAUUUUUACUGCAAAAGGGUACUCGACAUUUACCACAACCAAAUAAUGUAUGCCCAUAAUU